AUGACGAAAGGACUUGGGUCUGUUCGCAUUGGAGAGAAGGAGUCUAUGAGGCGAUUUAAUCGAGACAUAGAAGUUAUUGGCAAUGACGCUUUUCAGAUGAGAAGAAAGCGCAGGCAACUUCAGGCAACUUCCAAGAAGGGCGCCAAGAAAAUCAUCAAGAAGGCGCCAGCGAAAGGCGGUAAGAAGAGGAGAAAGUCCAGGAAAGAAAGUUACGCCAUCUAUAUCUACAAAGUGAUGAAGCAGGUUCACCCCGACACCGGCAUCUCCUCCAAGGCGAUGAGUAUCAUGAACUCGUUCGUCAGCGAUAUUUUCGAGCGUAUCGCGGGGGAGGCUUCCCGCCUGGCCCAUUACAACAAGCGCAGCACCAUCAGCUCCCGGGAGAUCCAGACCGCGGUGCGGCUGCUGCUGCCCGGGGAGCUGGCCAAGCACGCCGUGUCGGAGGGUACAAAGGCGGUGACCAAGUACACCAGCUCCAAGUGAGACCCCACAUUGUGCUGAGAAAAACACAUCCAAAACCCAACGGCUCUUUUCAGAGCCACCCACAACUUCGCUGAAACAGCUGAACCAACUUUUUGCAAAUGAUUUUCGAUAGGAACUGCAGUAAUGGAGAGAAGCAGAAGAGUUGGGAGUCGGAAGAAAUCUGGGAAUUGUGGAAGGAAACAAUAGAUAUGGAUUUCACCCCAAAGAGGAAUGGACGUGCGUGUGGCCAGCAUUUACAACUUUGGGACAGCAGGAGGGGCAAAAUAAGAGAGAAAAAAAUUGUGUUCUGAAUUUCUACCCUGUACUGAGAGUGAUGUCAUUUGCAAACUCCUUUUAUUUGAAAGUGAAAGUUUACAGACGUUUAUCUCAAAUCAUUACAUUAAGAUAUGACAAAGUCACUUAAAUUCAUCAUGACCGACAUAGCUUUGAGAUAAAUGGAGAACAGUUUAACCAGUUAAACAGCGAGGACAAAAAAAGUCCCACAUUCAUCAGCUUUUUGUUUCAGAGUUCCAGCAUCUGCAGUUCUUUAUUUUAUUUAAGUGUUUUGUUUUCCCUCGGCUCCAUUCUAUAUUGCAUAACAACAAGACUGACUCAAUAAAAAGGCAAAGUCGCCAUA